AUGUUCCGGUCGAUGCGAGGGUUUCUUUGCUUUUCCCACCAGCAGACUAUCACAAAUACGGACUCAACUUCGAGUACGUCGAACAAUGUCAUUCGCUUGAGGACCAUCGGCGAGGCAGCUGUCACAGCCCCUCUCCCUGCCUCGCGGGUGAGAAAUACUGGGACCACCCGGGUCGCCACCAGGGCGCUGUCCAUCUCAACGUCACCUGGCAUACAAAGUACUCAGAGUACUUGUAUAUCCACCUGCGGGGUCUCGCUUGAAGAAUCCAUAGUCACCGCGACGUCGGCGACCAGUGAUGGCCCUUCCUUGACGUCCGGCGCGCUCGCCAAGCUGGCCAUCAUACCACCCCAGGACAAUGGCACACCGUAUUUCCCGAUCAUGCAACUGGAUGGCACGUUGAGACCGCCACCGAUCUCAUUCGGUGGCUAUGGUUCCUUCGGGGGCCGGUUUGUUCCCGAAUCGAUCAUGGGUUUCCUGCACGAGCUGACCUCGGUCUUCGAGGUUGUCAUCUCGGAUCCAUCCUUCUGGGCGGAAUAUGCCACUUUUCAGCGCCAUAUGAACACGCCUCUCCAGAUGGCCAGCAAGCUCACGGACCUGGCCGGUGGUGCAAAUAUCUGGCUGAAGCGCGAGGACCAAACCGAUUACGGCAGCCACAAAACUCGUAACAUCAUCGGCCAGCUCCUGUUGGCACGGCGUAUGGGCCGUGCAGAGGUGGUCACCGAUUGUGCCUCGGCCAAGCAUGGCAACUUCACAGCGGCAAUGUGCGCACGGCUCAACCUGCGGUGUGUGGUGGUCAUGGGUGCAGACGACGCACGGGCACAGGAAGAAGAUGUGCUGGAGAUGAAGAUGCUCGGGGCCAAGGUCCUGACUGCACGAACCCCGUCUGGCAUGGGCACGCUGCGCGCUGCAAUCACUGAAGCGCUUCGCUAUUCAGUCUGCAAUUAUGAGACCGCAUACUACCUAAUUGGCGGUCCGGUGGGCCCCGACCCCCUGCCGACUUUGACCCGCACGUUCCAGGCACUCCUAGGCGAGGAGGUCGCGGCCCAGAUGCAUGAGGCGGCGGGCUGUCAGCCGGACGCUGUUGUCACCGCCGUUGGCAGCGGGACAGGGGCAGUCGGUCUCUUCCGACCUUUUCUUCACAACUCAUCAAUUCGACUGGUUGGCGUCGAGAGCGCACGGGCUGCCGCGCUGACCGAGGGCUCGGUGGGCGUUCUUCAGGGUGCGCGGACUUUGAUGCUCCAGAAUCGUGACGGGCAGAUACUCGACUCGCACUCGAUCUCGCCAGACAUGAACCUCUCUACCGUGGGGCCCGAAGUGGCCCAUUGGAAGACCUCUGGUCGAGUUGAAAUCUCAACUGCCACGGACGCGGAUGCCCUGGACGGAUUCAAAACUCUGCAGUGCCAUGAGUGUAUCCUGCCUGGCCUGGACUCGAGUCACGCGGUAGGCAGAGCCAUUGACCUAGCAAGGGAACUGGGCCCGGGCAAGAAUCUUGUUUUGUUGGUGACCGGCUGUGAUGCUAUUGGCAUGCGUGGGUUGGAAGUUUAUGAGUCUGGUUUUUCUCCCAAGGUUUGCGGGGGGAGAAAGCGAGCGGAGAUUGGGAACGUGCGUUUGGAGGUGACUAGCGGCGGGAGGAAUUGCCGGGCCACAGGUCCCCCUGCUUUUUCACGGUAG